UAGUACCACAACGAUGAACGGACCAACUUCAGCUACAAUGGACAAGUACACAUCGCAAAGUCUGCAUGGAGAUCGGAUAUUUAAUGUUGCUUUUGAAACCAAUGAGAGUUCGACUCGUUCAGGCUACCCUCCCGCAUUUCCUGCCUUCGAUGAUGAUAUAGGUCCAGAUCCACAUGAUUCAAACGGUACAGCAGUGUGCUCUCACACUGAGAAGGAAAAGGAACCUUGGUGGUACGUAGACAUACAGGAUUUGCAUACAAUUAAACAUGUUGUCCUUUACAACAGACAAGAUCUACCUGGACGCCUAGAAGGUGCUCAAGUAAGAGUUGGAAAAAGUAAAAACAAUUUGAAGCUAAAUACCGCAUGUGGGCCGCCUGUAUCAGAGGAUGAAGCCGAUGUACCAGCUGGAAAAAUAACAUUAAGAUGUGAACCUGGAACUAUCGGAAACAUUGUGUCUGUCCAGUUGGAGAACAGAACACAAUAUUUGGUAUUAUGUGAAGUGAAAUUAUAUGGGACAAUAUACACAGAAUAUUUAACGACAAAAGCAGUGGAGCAAACUGAACGAGCAGUUACAUCGCCGUCGUAUACUUGUGUCGCAGAAGAUGUCAUAAAAAACAAUAUUGUGUAUAGUUUUCUGGAUACUCAGCUUGGAAUAAAGGCAGUAUCUGUACAGACAUGUCCAUCUCCGUCAAACAAAGGCUAAUUAAUUUUUAUUAUUAAUAUAUUUUGAACUAUUAUAAGAACAGAAAUACGCGGAUUAGGGGUUAAAAUAAUGCGCACAACGUCACUAUAAUAAAAGCUUUCGCGCAUUUGAAUUUUCAACGAGAAACCCACAUAAUUAAUUCAGUUAAUAACGUUAUAAUUACUUUACAGUGCAGUAUGUAUUUAACAGGGCCGGCGGAACCUUUUUCGAAGUGGGGGAGGGGGGCUCCACUAGUAUGAUGAAAUGGAAAUAUGAAUAUAUGAAUGAGAGUAAUCUGGGUUCAAUUUUUUUGGGGUGGGGUGGGGUCAAAAAGUUACCCAAAAACCCCAAAACAAAAGGGUGGGGGUUCCGGGCCCUCCCCCGGGAACAUUUUAAUCCCUAGAUGGCGGGAAAUGAGCUUUCCAGACUUUUGAGCUAGGUGUCUUUUAAUGACUUAGUUCUUCAAAAUUCAAGUUUCCAUACCCCUCUUGAAAACGGUCAGGUAAACGUUCUCAUUCUUAUUACAGUAAAUAGGCCUGUUAGGUGUGUACCUUUAUACCUACGUUGUUUACAUACUCUUUUUCCAUUAAUCAAUGAACCCCAAAAAUAAAAUGGGGUCGGUGGUACCGCCGAGAACAUUUUGAUUCUUAGAUGGCGGAAAUGAGCUUUUUUGACUUCUAAUUUUCUUUUUGUAACAAAAAAAAAAAAA